UGAACGUCAACGUGAUCGCUCGAAACCAAACGAAACGCUUGCAAGCAACGUUCAAAAGCGUGAGCGCUUACAGCGCGUGAGCGUCCAAAUGAAAUGCAGCCACUGAAGGAUCUGAAUUUAUGCGGAAAUUUUAUAAAUAAAGAAUGGACAAAUAUACACUAAAUGGACGCAUUGGAGAAGGUGCACAUGGUUUAGUUCUGAAGGCGUAUGACACUGUUAAUAAGCGAGAAGUUGCUUUGAAGAAAGUAUUGCUUAAAAGGAUUGAGGAUGGGAUACCGACAUCCGUUAUACGAGAGGUUAAAACUUUACAACAAUUAAAGCACCCAUAUAUUGCAGAAUUAUUAGAUGUAUUUCCAGUGGGACUGGACUUUGUAAUGGUUUUUGAAUAUAUGCCAUCAGGUUUAUGGGAGUUGUUGAAGGAUAAUGAUAAACCUUUAAAUACAUCACAGAUAAAAUGCUAUAUUAAAAUGCUUUUGGAAGGGGUGGCUUAUAUGCAUGAAAAUAAUAUAAUGCAUAGGGACUUGAAACCAGCCAAUCUUCUAAUUAAUAGCGAGGGUAUUUUAAAAAUUGCUGAUUUUGGUUUAAGUAGGUUAAUGUGGAGUGAUAAUACCAAACCAUAUUCACAUCAGGUAGCAACCAGAUGGUAUAGAGCUCCAGAGUUAUUGUAUGGAGCACGCUUUUAUACUGCUGGUAUUGAUAUGUGGUCCGUUGGUUGUAUAUUUGGAGAAAUGCUUAAUAAUGCACCAUUAUUUCCUGGAGAAACAGAUAUUGAACAAUUAGCAAUUGUACUGAGGCUACUUGGUACACCAACAUCAGAAUCAUGGCCAGAGAUGACUAUGCUACCUGAUUAUAACAAAAUUACCUUUCCUUAUCACAGAGGUGUACCAUGGGAACAUAUUCUACCAGAUGCUCAUUCUGAUGCAAUCGAUUUAAUUAAGCAAAUACUGGUAUAUAAUUCUGCAAAACGUCUUAUGGCUAAACAGGCAUUACAACAUGUAUAUUUUCAUUCUGUACCAUUUCCGUGUUCGGUAAAGCAAUUACCAAAACCAUUGCAAGGACAUCGUAUGUAUUUAAAGUCUAAAGAAAUAGAUACUAAUACAAAGCUUACAAUACUUUUUAAGAACUUGUUGAGUGUGGUAUAA